CGAGUCGUGUCUCACGUCUCUCUCUCUCUCUCUCUCCCACUUCAAGCUGCUUCAAAACCCUAGAAGCUUCUACUGCAGCUAGGGAUUCUUCUCAAAUCAAGCUCAACAAACCGCUGUUAUUAAUCGGAGGCAUGGCCGAAUCUGGCAGUACUAACCCUAAAUCCCAAUCCGUUGUUCCCGAUUCGGCUCUCGGUGGACUCAAGAGAGAUUUAAGAAACUAUGAGGACGGUGAUGAUACUAAUAACUUUUCUAUCAAGAAAUCGAGGACUACAACGAUUGAGAAUACCUCUCAGGGUUGUAAAAAAAUCGUGCCUUUGGAUGUGAAACCAUUGGCGAUUGUGGAACCGGACACUCCAAAGCUCUCUAGACAGUUUUGGAAAGCUGGCGACGACGAUGAAGCUGCGCCUGUGCCUCUUUAUUGUAGCAAUGAUGCGGCCGUUAGGGUUCAUCCUCAAUUUCUUCAUGCAAACGCCACAAGCCACAAAUGGGCUCUUGGAGCUUUGGCUGAACUUCUAGACAAUUCUCUUGACGAGGUAAGUAAUGGGGCUACAUAUGUUCAUGUUGAUUCGACAACAAAUAAAAGAGACGGGAAAAGCAGCAUUCUUAUAGUUGAAGACAAUGGAGGUGGGAUGAAUCCGAGUACGUUUAGAGAGUGCCUUUCUUUGGGGUAUUCAAGGAAACGCAAUCUGGCUAAUAGAGUUGGUCAAUAUGGGAAUGGAUUCAAAACUAGUACAAUGAGGCUUGGUGCUGAUGCAAUUGUCUUCUCACGUUGUCGAGGAAUCAAUGGAAACAAUCCGACACAGAGCAUUGGUAUGCUAUCAUAUACGUUUCUUUACGAGACAAGAAAAUGUGAAGCAAUUGUCCCCACGAUUGAUUUUGAGUUGGUAGAUAACAAAUGGAAGGAGAUAGUUUAUAACUCCACAGAGGAGUGGGUUGAUAAUUUAGAGACUAUAGUGAGGUGGUCGCCGUAUCUAUCCCAACAAGAUUUAUUGGACCAGUUUAAUCACCUAGAAGAACAAGGUACUCGGAUCGUGAUUUAUAAUCUAUGGGAGGACGAUGAAGGGAAGUUGGAACUUGAUUUUGAUACAGAUCCUCAUGAUAUUCAACUCAGAGGUGUAAACAGAGAUGAGAAGAACAUCGAAAUGGCGAAAACUUAUCCGAAUUCAAGGCAUUUCCUGACUUAUCGACACUCACUACGUAGUUAUGCAUCGAUUCUGUAUCUCAAACGUCCGGAUAAUUUCAGAAUCAUUCUUCGUGGCAAAGAUGUCGAAUAUCACAGCAUCUUAGACGACAUGAUGAUGACCGAUGAGAAAACAUACAAACCUACGCGAUCUCCAGAAUGGCCAGAUCAAGACGAGAUGGUUGCUUCUCUAAAGCUUGGCUUUGUGAAAGAUGCUCAUCAUCACAUCGACAUACAAGGGUUCAAUGUUUACCAUAAGAACCGGCUUAUCAAGCCAUUUUGGAGGGUUUGGAAUGCUGCUGGAAGUGAUGGACGUGGCGUUAUUGGAAUAUUGGAAGCUAAUUUCAUACAACCAGCUCAUAAUAAGCAAGGUUUUGAGCGAACCGUCGUUCUUUCUAAACUCGAAAACCGAUUGAUCCAACACCAAAAGAACUAUUGGUCUUCAAGAUGUCACGAGAUUGGUUAUGCUCCACGAAGGAAACAAAAGAAUUAUGAAAGUAGUGUUACAGAAACCAGUCGACCUUUCAAUAACAUAAACGUUGUUAGGGCAUCUUCUUCUACUCCAGCACCGGCUCCAUUCAGGACAUAUGUUGAACCAUCUGGAAGAUAUCAAAGCCCUCAGGUUGAAACACGAGAAAGGAGUUCUGACAUAAAACCUCAGAUCGGAAACCAUGGGCUUGGGACAAGUAGUUUCAAAGAAACAUGCUCAGUUAAUCUAGAAGCAGAGUUGCAGAGGGUGAAACAGGAAUCAGCAAAACUGGUCUCUGAGUUAAAGAGAGAAAAAGCACUACUUGAGUUGCAAGAGUCGAAAGCUAAGAUUCAAAACUUGGAAAAGGCGCAGAGAGAGAAAGAACUGCUUGAGUUGCAACUUAAGGAGUCAAAAGCUAGGAUCCAAAACUUGGAAAAUCGGCAGGAGGGAGUGAGUACUAUCUUUCAGCAAGAAAGAGCCCGCAGAGAUGUGACUGAGGAUGCCUUAAGGAGGAAACUACGGGAUGCUUCUGAUGUCAUCGAUGGGCUAAGGAAGCAAGUGGAGUCCUUCAAAGGAAAACGGAUGUUGUAAGCACUGAAGCACAGUUUCAAGUGUGUACGUACUCUUUUCUAGUUUGUUUUUUUUGGUUUUAAGUUUUAAGGGUUGUACAUAAACUUCUAUCCUUAAGCAGCAUGUAAAUGUAUAUUUAGUAGACUUUUGUGAAAGACCCAACUCAAAAUGUAAGCAUGCUGUGUUUUUUUUUGCUAAUCAAACCACUAAUCAAGGUCAAGCAUGCAA